GCCCGGACACACACCGAGCGAGAGACCGCUCUGCACGACCGAUCCUCCCGCCUCAGACAUCAGCUGAGGUCCGCUGACCCGAACACACACACCCCCCCACCUCCGGCUCGCUCCCGUGUGUCUCCUAUGUUAGCAUUAGCUGCUGCUUCUUUCCUAAGUGAGCAUCACGCUACCUGCCCGGGCGACUCCUCCACGAUCCUCCACGAUCCUCCACGGAGCUCCCCGCUGCUCCCUGCUGCUCACUCCGGGACAUCGCGAUGGUUUUCGAGGAUGAGCUGAGCACCGCCGCGGCCAACGGACGCACCGCGGAUGUGGAGCGUCUCCUCCAGGCGGGGGCGGACGUUAACGGCCUGAACCGAUUCGGACGGAGGGCUCUGCAGGUGAUGAUGAUGGGGAGCGAGGCGGUGGCUCAGCUCCUACUCAGUCACGGAGCGGAACCCAACGUGGCGGACAGCAGCACCGGGACCACGCCGCUGCAUGACGCGGCCAGGACGGGCUACUUGGGCACCGUGCGGCUGCUGGUGGAGCACCAGGCUGACCCAGAGGCCCGGGACAACGAACAACGUCGGGCCGUGGACUUGGCCGAGGAGUACGGCAACAAGGACGUGGUUGCCUUCCUAGAGGAUCUGUGA